AGAUAUUUGAAGAAAGAAGACUCCUUGUUGGAAAAUGGUUUGAUAAAUGGAACAGUGAUCAGCGUAAGAAAGUACUAGCUGAUUUGCUGUCUAAAUCAAAGAUCAAACAGAUGGAAUUUGCUUCUGAUUUAAUUAGCAAGAAGGUUCCAGUUUAUCAUGAAGACUUUACAAAGACUCUACCGAGGGUCAUCAGUCUCUACAUCUUCUCAUUUCUCGAUCCUAGAAGUUUAUGUCGCUGUGCAAGAGUGUGCUGGUACUGGAAACUCAUAUCAGAGGUAGACCAGUUAUGGAUGAUUAAGUGUAUCCGCCUUGGGUGGCAGCUACCCUUUGUUCCUAGUCCUUAUGAAGUUGGUGUGUGGAAGAGACUCUACAUUGAAAACAUAGUAAGCCUGCAAUACCUCAGACCAAAGCCCCAGUACAAACCUAUUCCGAAGCCAAGAAGUAGCAAAAAUAGUCCAAGAAAUGAUUCAACACAAUCAUCUCCCAAAAGAGGAAUCUUUGGGGCAAUUUCUCCAAUAGAAUCUCAGAGGAACCAGGCUCCCCCAGAACUUCCAAUAGAUGAUCUGAACAAAUUAGACUUAGAUGAUAGACCGGACAGUCAUAGGAGUCGUAAACCGCCAACACCUAAGAGGAAUACAAAGCCAAAAGAAAGAUCUUGGAAAGGUCCAAGUCCAGUGCCUAAAGACAUUUGGAGAUAUAACUACUUUGAUAAUGAGAAUGAAGUUGAUAAAAUUAACCGAUUGAGGAGGAGAGGAGACCAUGGUCCUGAAUCUGAUGAAAUGAUAAGACAAGCUAGAAAUAAAGUCAAAACUGGAAAAGCAAAGAGAUCUAGUUCACUCUCUCGACUAGCCACUAAAAAGUUUGUAGAUUCCAGUCCCCUACCCGGAGACAUGAGACCUGAUUGGGCCAAACAACCUGAUGGCAUGGCCUUCAUGAAUGGUACCUACAGUGGGGCAGGGGAGGGGCCAGUCCUAGAUGCCUCUAUCAGACCUCAACCUGUCAGGCCACCUAGGAAAAGAUCUCCAGAUAGAACCAAUAGAGAUCCACCAACUACAGAGUUGUUCCCAGACCGUCCGUGGCAGGUGCCAAGACACAGAGAAGACUCAGACUCAGACACUUGAAAGUGAUCCAUUGGAUACUUGAUAGUGGAUCAUCAGUCACUUGAUAGUGGAUCAUCGGAUACUUGAUAGUGGAUCAUCAGACACUUGAUAGAGAAUCAUCAGAAACUCUAUAGUGAAUUAUCAGACACUUGACAGUGGAUCAUCAGGCACUUGAUAGUGGAUCAUCAGACACUUGAUAGUGAAUCAUCAGAUACUUGAUAGAGGAUUAUCAGACACUUGACAGUGAAU